CAUGUACCACGUUAUCUGGAACAUUAUUCAGUAACUGUUGGAUAAAGAAAACUUAAUGUUAAGUAAAAUCAUGAUAUUUGUUUUAUAGAUUUUAUAUUUGUUUUUAAGAGUUAUUCAUUCAACAGUUCAGGCUAAUAUGAAAUGAAAAAAAACGUCAACAAUUGGGUUCAGCAAUUUUUUCUGCAGUCUUUUUGAGGUCUUUGUCAUUGUCACUGAAAUUAAGGUGAGUUACUUCAUUAUUUUGCAUUUUUCCCUUUUGUAUUACAUAGUAAAAGCAAGUAUAUUAUUUCAUUGUUCACUUCUUACAAUUGAAACAAAUUGACUAAGCAAUUUCAUGUUUUCAAAAUUGUAGUUAAAUGUUUCCUGUCUACAAUUUGCAUUUACUGUAUUUUAUUAUUUUCCUACUCUCAACAGAUAAAUACUCACUUAAACAUCAGAUGGAAUCUUAUUGAUGCUUCAGUGGGGUCUGAAGCAAACAAGAGGCCAAGAUGUCUGAGAAAAAAAUGGCAUCGAGUCGCAAGCAUCAUCUGAAGGUCAUUUGUCACAAAGCUUGAUGCUCCAGAUUGCUAAGGGCUUGCUAGAUGCAGAGGCCAUAGAGGCAGUGGAAGAGAAGAAAAUGUACAUGGAUGAGAACUGCGCUGCAUUGAACAUGCCUGGGUCAUUGGCGGAACUGCAGGAACUGUGCAAGACAAUUCAUCACCAGACUGAUAAAGUGGAUGAAGAGAGAUAUGACCUGGCAGGCAAAGUGGGCAAGUGUGACAAAGAGACUGAGGAUUUGAGGAUUAAAGUGAUUGAGUUCCAAGGCAUGAAGAAGCCAGCUCUGAAGAAAGUACGUAUGUCUGCUGACUCCAUGCUCCAGGCACUGCUGGGCUCCAAGAACAAGGUGUCUAUGGAUUUUAGAGCCAACCUGAAAGAAGUGAAGAAGGAAGUCAAAGAGGAGGACAAAGAUGCAGUUGGUGACUGGCGUAAGAACAUUGAUGACAAGGCAGGCAUGGACGGCAGAAAGAAGAUGUUUGAGGCCGCAUAAACGGUGUGGCACGACUCAGUCCAUUUCACCUGCCUUUCUCUGUGUCCUAAUGAUAAGUCAGUUGUGGUCAGCCAUGGCUGUAUUUUGUGUUAGAUAUAUAAAGUGGUAUUGUGGUUAAGUCAGAUAUGGAUUUGUAUGACCAUGUUGUCGACUGAGAUAAUUACCCUUUUCACAGCAACUUGAACAUAUUUUGAAGAACACUUACUGUAUGAAGAAAUGUACUUAAGUAUAUAUGACUGAAAAUGAAAUAAAUAUUUGAACGUUUACAACUGGAA